CUUCAACAUCUACAACAAGAAAUCCCUCAACGUCUUUCCCUACCCAUGGUUCCUGGCCACAUUCCAGCUCUUCACCGGCUGCAUCUGGAUGCUGGCCAGCUGGUCAAUCAACCGCCGACUCCCCAAAAUCUCCAAGGAGUUCCUCCUCGCCCUCCUCGGCCCGACUCUGUUCCACACCGUCACCCAAAUCUCCGCCUGUGUCUCCUACUCCAAUGUCGCCGUCUCGUUCACCUAUGUCAUCAAAUCGGUGGAGCCUGUCUUCUUCGUCACCUUCUCGUCUUUCCUUGGCGAGAUCUUCCCUCUCAUCCAGUCUUCGGCUGUUCCUUAGCCACAGUGACUGAAGUGUCCUUCAAUUUGGGAAGCCUCUCGGGGGCCAUGAUCAACAACUUUGGCUUCGUGCUCAGGAACAUCUAGAGCCUGCAGAAUUUCAAAGAAAUCGACGGGAUUAAU